CCCUUUUAUCAAUAAAAAAUAUAUUUUCUUUACGUAUUUCUUUUUCUUUAUUUUACAAAUGUUCUCAUAAAUUUCGGCCUUAUGAACAAUAUCUCUGACGCAUAUAAAGAAUUUUUCUUAAACGUGAAAUUAUUUUAAAAAUAUAAUAAUUAUAACGCUUUCUUCGUAUCAUCUUUGAAUGUAUUCGUUUUUGUUGUUCCAGGUCUGGUGUGAUUCAAAGGUUUCUAACGUAUUUCAUUUUUGCAACCUGCCAAUAACGCCAAUCAUGGAGAUACAAACUGAGAUGGCAGGAAACACGACGGUGGGUAGCACACUACUCGAUGAGGAAUUUCGUCGAAUUCUACUGGAACGCGAGCAAGAAUGCAUGAAGCUGAAAGACGCAAAUACGACGCUGCCACCGGAACCGUAUUGUCGACUCACAUUCGAUGGAUGGUCCUGUUGGCCCAACACUCGAGCGGGAUCGACCGUGUAUGCGCCCUGCCCGAAUUUCAUCACCGGUUUCGACACAUCGUUCAUGGCACACAAGUAUUGCGAACUGAACGGUACGUGGUUUCGGCAUCCCCAGUCCAAUCAAAUAUGGAGCAAUUACACGACUUGCGUGAAUCUACAGGAUCUGAGUUGGCAGCAGAGUAUAAAUGGGAUUUACGAGGUGGGAUACGCAAUAUCUUUGGUAGCGCUAUUGCUUUCCCUAGGAAUUCUCACGUACUUCCGAUCUCUCAGAUGCGCGCGGAUUACGCUACAUAUGAACCUAUUCACCUCGUUCGCGAUCAACAAUGCUUUGUGGUUGAUUUGGUACAGGUUUAUAGUAGCAAACACGGAUGUGUUACUUAAUAAUGACAUACCGUGUCGUGUCCUGCACACGUUCCUUCAUUACUUUCUAUUAACAAACUACGCCUGGAUGCUCUGCGAAGGCUUCUACCUGCACACGCUGCUAGUGAGCGCAUUCACCAGCGAGCACAAAUUAGUCAAUUGGCUGAUGGGACUCGGUUGGCCAGUGCCAGCUGUAAUCGUCACCCUGUACACGGCAUUACGCGCAUCCAGCGACGAUCCCGCGGACACCGAGCAAUGCUGGAUCAGCGAGGGCAAUUAUAUGAACGUGCUGGUUUAUCCCGUAUGCGUUUCCACUAUGUUGAAUCUGCUCUUCUUAUUCAACAUUGUGCGAGUUCUUCUCAUGAAACUACGCGCCGGUCCUGCCAUCGGAACACGCCCUUCAAGAUCCAUGCUGCAAGCUUUCAGGGCGACAUUACUUUUGGUGCCUCUCUUGGGUCUUCACUAUUUAGUGAUUCCAUUUCGACCACCCAAGAAGCACCCUUGGGAGCAUUUUUACGAGGUUCUUUCCGCAAUUACAGCUUCUUUCCAGAUAUGAACGAAAACGAUAACAAGGAAGAAACGAUAGUUCGUCGAUGUAUUUUAUGAUAUAUAAUGAAUUUCGUAGACGACUACAUAUAUAUGAUAAUGUCAUGAAAUAUGAUUAUUUCUCAGUUUAUUGUUCUUAUACUCGUGACAUGAUGAAUAAUAUGUAUAUAGUGGCCUCAGAACGAAGAGACAGCAUUCGAAAUUUUUAUUCGAAGCAAUACGAGUAUUGAGCGAAUAUCAAAUUUUAUACCAGAGAAUUGCGCUUUUAUUUAUGCACUACAUUGCCAACGUGACUGCAUCGUUGUAUAAUUACUUUAUGUCGUAUCGAGUCGCAAUUUAAUUGAGCGAUUCUAUCGAAUGAACCAGUUAUCUUGGGAUUUGAAAACUCUCGGCAUAACCGUUUAUAUCUGAAAAAUACGAUUGUUAAAACGCUUAUAUAUUCGCGCGUCUUAACAAUAUCGCAUACAGCGAGAAACGUUGCAACGAGCGAUUUAUCGAUUAUCCUCGCGGUCUCUUGUUGCAUUCGAAUAUAUUCGCUAUUAACACGGAAACGAUUUAAGCUAAAAUAAAGAUACGUAAACAAGCAUGGAGAUAUCUAUAAAACAUAGAUGUGAAUAAUUUAUUUUUAAAAUAUUUGCUCGUCUUUCCAUAAAUCUUAAUUUAUAACACUUCAACUUGCGUUUAUGAUUUCAUGACUGUUAAAAAUAUUCUCGUUCUUCUCAAGGGAAAUAAGGAGGAUAUGUGGAAGAAAAAGGAAUUGUGCGAUGUCGAUUAAUAUAAAUUUCUCAACAUUUCGCAUAUAAUACCGUGUAAUGUAUAGCGAAAUGAAAAAAAUAUGCUAUAAUUUCAUAGUUCAUUGGCGGUAAAUAUUUGAAAGUUAACCGAGGAGAAGAAACUUCCGUAUCUCUCAUGCGCAAGGAAUUGUAAUAAAUUCCCGAGUUGGGAAUUCUCUUCGGAAACGUUUCUCUUCGAGCUCGAUAUAUACAACGAGGUAAAAUGUAAUUUCUCUUUCCCAGGGUCUCUGUGUGGCUGUGCUUUUCUGUUUUUGCAACGGCGAGGUAAGUUCCUACGACUAUGGAAAACGGCCCGUUUUCUACCUUCGGUGUAAUGAUAUUUUCCCUUGUGGUGCUGCCAGGUAAUAGCACAAUUCAAGAGGAAGUGGGAUGGCAACACCCUUUUACGAAAACGAGCCAACUCCUGCACGGCCACAACCGUCUCGGUAUGCAAUAUUGACGAAGCCUAUAAACAGAGCGCCCGUUUUUGCGGUCAAAUCGAUUUUAAAUCGCCUUCUAAGCUUUUCACUUAACUUUCCACGAGAAAUAAUACCCCGAGCGCGAAGAAACAAGUGGAUUAGAAGAAAGUACGUAGUUCCGUGAAAUUGAAUUCUUUAUCUCCGA